UGCCCGGGGCACCGGGAGCUCCUCUCCCCUCCUCUCUCUGCCGGGCGGCGGUUCCACUCGCUUGGCCGGCCCGGGACGGGCGGGACAAGCCGUCGGCUGGGCUGCCCGGGAGCCAUGGCACGGGAAAGUUUGCCGCUCCUCCUGCUCCUGGCGGCGCUCGGUAGCCGAGGGCAGCCGGCGCCGCUGCCGUCGCAAAGAGGAUUGUUUCCCGCGGUGCUGAACCUGGCUACGAACGCCCUCAUCACAACCAACGCCACCUGUGGAGAAAAGGGCCGGGAAAUGUACUGCAAACUGGUUGAACACGUACCUGGACAGCCUGCACGCAACCCCCAGUGCCGGAUUUGCGAUCAAAAGAGCAGGGUUCCACACCAACGACAUCCAAUAACGAACGCAAUUGAUGGCAAGAACACUUGGUGGCAAAGCCCUAGUAUCCAGAAUGGAAUUGAGUAUCAUUAUGUGACUGUCACGUUGGACCUCCAACAGGUUUUCCAGAUUGCAUAUGUCAUUGUGAAAGCAGCAAACUCUCCCCGACCUGGGAACUGGAUCCUGGAGCGUUCUCUGGACGGUGAGGCCUACCAGCCCUGGCAGUACUACGCCAUCACCGACAGCGAGUGCCUGGCACGCUACAACAUCCACCCCCGGCCUGGAACGCCCUCCUACAUCAAAGAUGAUGAAGUCAUAUGCACCUCUUAUUAUUCCAAAAUCCACCCUCUGGAGAACGGAGAGAUUCACACUUCCCUAAUUAAUGGACGGCCUAGCGCUGAUGAUCCUUCGCGUGAAUUACUGGAGUUUACCUCUGCCCGCUUCAUCCGCCUGAGAUUUCAGAGGAUACGGACACUAAAUGCUGACUUAAUGAUGUUUGCACACAAAGAUCCAAAUGAAAUCGAUCCCAUCGUUACACGGAGGUAUUACUAUUCUAUAAAAGAUAUCUCAGUUGGAGGCAUGUGUAUAUGUUCAGGCCAUGCGAAGGCUUGCCCACUGGAUCCAACGACCAAUAAAUCCAUCUGUCAGUGUGAGCACAACACAUGCGGGGAGACGUGUGAUCGGUGCUGUCCGGGUUUCAAUCAGCAGCCCUGGCACGCGGGCACUUUCCUGGUUAAGCACGAAUGUGAACCGUGCAACUGCCAUGGGAAGGCCGAGGAGUGUUACUAUGACCAGGACAUUGCAGACAGAAAUCAGAGUUUGAACAUCCACGGAGAAUACAUCGGGGGCGGAGUGUGUGUCAACUGCACCAACCACACCGGCGGCAUCAACUGCGAGACCUGCAUCGAUGGUUACUUCAGACCUAAAGGGGUAUUGCCAGAUAGCCCAGAUCCAUGCCAGCCGUGUUCCUGUCAUCCAAAUGGGUCUUUACAUGAUACCUGUGUCAAAGAUGAGAAACAUGCGGAAGAAGAGAUGUUGCCUGGUUUCUGUCACUGCAAGCCUGGCUACGCAGGAGAGAGCUGCGACAGAUGUGCCCUGGGUUAUACAGGGUUCCCCGAGUGCCUGCCCUGCAACUGCUCGCUGGAAGGCAGUGAGAAUGCUGACCCUUGUGUAGGGCCCUGCACCUGCAAGGAACAUGUUGAAGGAGAAAACUGUGAUCGUUGCAAACCAGGUUUCUUCAAUCUGCAGCAAAAUAAUCCCAAAGGCUGUGAGGAAUGUUUCUGCUCUGGGAAAACAGAUGUCUGCACACACUCUCACCUUACCUACGGAAAUAUAGAAGACAUGAAUGGCUGGUAUCUGACUGACUUAGCAGGUCUCAUCAGAGUAACCCCCGAGCUCAAGAGAUUCGAUGGGCAUCAACAAUUUAGCAUCAGCGACGCGGCUGCGCGAAAAGUCCUGCCACAGACUUAUUACUGGAGCGCACCCAGCUCCUACUUGGGCAACAAAGUAGCAGCGGCUGGAGGACGUCUCAAAUUUACAGUCUCAUAUGACUUCACAGAGGAAGAAGAUACAGUUCAAUUGAUGGUUCAAUCUGAUGUCAUCAUAGAGGGAGGUGACUUGCGAAUCAACGCUCCAAAAGAAGGGAUUCACCUGCCGCCUUCUGAAGAGCACACUGAAGAAAUUGUGCUGAAACCAGAGUCUUUCUUUGUGCAUGGCACUGAUGUUCCUGUCAGCAGGAGGGAGUUCAUGACUAUCCUUGCAAAUGUGAAGAGGAUCCUCAUCCGAGCCCCGUACAGCUAUGGGCUGAAUGCCAUCUACAGGCUGAGGAGCGUUAGCAUGGAAGCUGCUGACUACACUUCGGCUGGGAGAAGGGUGGCAUCUGCAGUGGAGUUAUGUGACUGUCCCCCGGGGUACGGUGGCACCUCCUGUGAGUCUUGCUGGCCCCGACACAGGCGUGUGAAUGGCACAAUUUUUGGUGGAAUCUGUGCACCGUGUACAUGCUUUGGCCACGCAGAUGUGUGUGACGACAUCACAGGGGAAUGCCUGGACUGCAAACACCACACAGGUGGUCCCUACUGUGAUCGAUGUCUUCCCGGCUUCUAUGGGGAUCCCACUAAAGGGACAGCUGAAGAUUGCCAGUUGUGUGCUUGUCCCUUGAAUAUACCUUCUAACAACUUCAGCCCGACGUGCCAUUUUGACCGAAGUCGUGGGUUAAUAUGCGAUGAAUGCCCGGCUGGGUACGUGGGACCACGCUGUGAAAGGUGUGCAGAAGGCUAUUUUGGACAACCUCUGAUACCAGGAGGAUCGUGCCAGCCCUGCCAGUGUAAUGACAACCUUGACUUCUCCGUUCCUGGCAGCUGUGACAGCUUGUCUGGCGCCUGCCUGAUCUGUAAGCCAGGUACCACGGGCCAGUUCUGCGAGAGGUGUGCUGAUGGGUAUUUUGGAGAUGCUCUUGACGCGAGGAACUGUCAACCCUGUCACUGUCACGUCAAUGGCUCCUUCUCACACGUCUGUGACUCUCGGACAGGCCAGUGCGAGUGCAAGGCCAACGUGAUCGGGCGCCGGUGCGACCUCUGCCAGCCUGAAACAUUUGGCUUGGAGUCGUCACGGGGAUGUGUUCCCUGCAACUGCAACUCCUUUGGGUCCAAGUCCUUUGACUGUGAUGGAGAUGGACAGUGCUAUUGCCAGCCUGGAGUGACAGGGAAGAAGUGUGACCGCUGCGCUCAUGGAUUCUACAACUUCCAAGAAGGAGGCUGUACCCCCUGUGAGUGUUCACGUUUUGGUGAUAACUGCGAUCCCAUCAGCGGCCGCUGUAUCUGCCCCCCCAACACCGUUGGAGAGAUGUGUGACAGAUGUGCACCGAAUCACUGGGGCCACAGCCUUGUCAGUGGCUGCAAGCCCUGUGACUGCAGCCUCAUCGGAGCCCUGAGUUCUCAGUGUGACUUAAAUACAGGCUGUUGCUUCUGCCGCCCUGAAUUCUCCGGGGAUAAAUGCACCGAGUGCAGGUUGGGUUUCUGGAAUUAUCCACAAUGUCUCCCUUGUCAGUGCGUCCUGGCGGGGACCGACCCGCGGAGCUGUGACACGGAGCUGGGGAAGUGCUCCUGCCUCGAUCACAGCGGCCAGUGCAGCUGCAAGGCUAACGUGGAAGGUGUCCACUGUGAGGGGUGCAAGGCUGGUACCUUUGGUCUCUCUGCCAGAAACCCUUUUGGCUGCAGCACCUGCUACUGCUUUGGCCGGAGCUCCCAGUGCAGCGAGGCGCAGGGGCUGGUCCGCCUGUGGGUGACCUUGAAGCCAGAGCAAAUGGUUCUGCCACUGGUGGAUGAGCAGCUCCAGCGCAGCACCCUCUCGGGGGUUGCCUUCCAGCCGCCCGAAAUCGUCGCCAAUAUAGAGCAGGUGAUGCAGGAGCUUCGCUCAGAACCCGUUUACUGGAGGCUCCCAGAGCAGUUUGAGGGAAAAAAGUUGACCGCUUAUGGAGGGAAACUGAAGUAUGCCAUCUACUUUGAAGCUCGAGAAGAGACGGGUUUUACCACUUACUACCCACAAGUCAUCAUGAGGGGUGGACCCCCCACCCACACCAGGGUUCUCGUCCGGCACGUGGCUGCCCCUUUGAUCGGGCAGUUGACGAGGCAUGAGAUAGAGAUGACAGAGCACGAAUGGCAGUAUUAUGGUGAUGACCAAAGACUCCGAAACACUCUGCCCUGGGAGUAUUAUCGUGAUGACCCAGGUGUCAACAGGACGGUGUCCCAGGUGGAUUUCACAUGGAAGCCUUAUGGAGAUGACCCAAGACCGAGCAGAGCUGUAACCCGGGAAGACUUCUUGAAUGUCCUGUAUGACGUUCAUUACAUUCUAAUUAAGGCUACUCAUGGCAAUAUCAUGAGGCAGAGCAGGAUUUCUGAGAUCUCGCUGGAGGUUGCUGAAGGUGGCACCGUGUCAGGGAUGACUCCUCAGGCUUUCUUGAUCGAGAAAUGCGACUGCCCGUUGGGUUAUUCCGGUUUGUCUUGCGAGAACUGUCAGCACAACACGGCGGGUCACCACUGCGAGAGAUGUGCCCUGGGCUAUUAUGGGGUGGUCCAUGGCUCCCCGGAUGACUGUCAGCCCUGUGCUUGUCCCCUGGCUCUCCCCAGCAACAAUUUUAGCCCUUCUUGUGUUGCUGAAGGCCCUGGUGGUUACCGGUGUACGGCGUGCCCACCUGGAUAUGAAGGCCAGUACUGUGAAAGAUGUUCUCCUGGCUACACGGGAAACCCACAGAUUCCAGGAGGCUCCUGCCAGGAAUGUGAGUGUGAUCCAUACGGUUCCCUGCCUGUCCCCUGUCACCCUCUCACUGGAGAGUGCACUUGCAAGCCCGGAUUCACAGGGUGGAAGUGUGCUGGCUGUGAACAUCGGCAUGCGCGUGAUGGCAUGAACUGCAUCUCUUGUGAUGAUGAAUGCACAGGACUCCUCCUCAACGACCUGGAUCGGUUAAACCAGAUGAUCCUGAGCGUUAACCUCAGUGGGCCACUGCCUGCUCCCUAUAAAAUAUUGUAUGGGUUUGAGAACACCACGCAGGAAUUAAAGCAUUUGCUUUCACCUCAGCGAGCACCAGAGAGGCUUCUUGAGCUGGCACAGGAAAAUCUGGAUACCCUGGUGACAGAAAUGGAUGAACUACUGACAAGAGCGACCAAGGUGACAGCAGAUGGUGAGCAAACCAGGCAGGAUGCUGAGAGGACUCAUGACAGAGCCAAAUCUCUUGGACAGUCCGUCAAAGGCAUUCUCCAAGCUGCUGAAGCUGCAAAGGAAGAUGCCAUAAAACUGAACGAGACCCUCAGAACCCAAGACGAGACCUGGGAGAAGAGUCUUCCUGAGCUGCAGAGUGAGGCUGAGAGAAUGAUCGUGGAGUUGAGGAACAGAGACCUGAAUAUGCAAGAGAGAAUAGCUCAAGAUGAGUUAAAGAAUGCAGAAGACCUUUUGGACAAGGUGAAGAAAUUAUUUGGUGAGCCCAGUGAGAAAAAUGAGGAUCUCAAAAAUGAAGUCCGGGACAAGCUGGCAAACUACCACACCAAAGUUGAUGAUGCUCGACAGCUGCUGAGAGGAGCUACAAGUAAAAUUAGGGAGGCAAAUCGUUUAUCUGCCGUCAACCAAAAAAAUAUGACCACGGUAGAGAAAAAGAAGCAAGCUGUAGAGGAUGGCAGGCAGGAUGUUGAGAAGAGCCUGCAGGAAGGGAAUGAUAUCCUUAAUGCCGCCAACAAACUUGCAAAUGAAAUCAGCUUGGCCGUAGAGUAUGUAGAAGACGUUGCAGAUAAGAUACAGCCAAUGUCUGAUCAGCUGAAAGAUAAAAUAGACGAUUUAACCCAAGAAAUCCGUGACAGGAUGCUUGCAGAAAAGGUGCUGCAGGCUGAGGACCACGCAGCCCAGCUGAACGAGUCAUCUGCCAUCCUGGACGGAAUCCUUGCUGAAGCCAAAAACAUCUCUUUCAAUGCCACGCUUGCUUUCAAUGCUUACACUAACAUCAAAGAUAACACAGAUGAAGCUGAAAAAGUUGCCAAGGAAGCCAAGGCUCUCGCAAACGAAGCAAUGCAAGCGACAUCUGGUCCUGAAGGGUCACUGAAGGAUGGUGCCAAGAGCUCUCUUCAGAAAAGCUUCAGGGUCCUUAACGAAGCCAAGAAGUUAGAAAAUGAUGUUCAAGAAAAGGGGGACGACCUGGACACCAUGCAGAACAGGCUGAAAGAGGUCGAUGAGAAUAAUUCCAUCCUCCUGAGAACUUUGAAUGAAACCUUAGGAAAGCUGUCAGCCAUUCCCAACGAUACCACUAUAAGGGUUCAGGCAGCCAAAGACAAAGCGAGACAAGCCAACGAUACUGCAAGUGACGUCCUGGCCCAGAUUAAAGACCUCAACCAGAACCUUCUGGGCUUGAGAAACAACUACAGUAAACUGGCCGACGAAGUGGCGAAAACAAACGCUGUCGUGAAGGAUCCUGUCAAGAACAAAAUCCUUGCUGAUGCAGAUGCCAGUAUUAAAACCCUAGAGAAGGAAGCAGAUCGCCUGCUGGAGAAAAUCAAGCCAAUCAAAGAACUUCAGGAUAACUUGGGGAAAAACAUUUCUCAGAUAAAAGAGCUGAUAAACCAAGCUCGGAAACAAGCCAACUCGAUCAAAGUGUCUGUGUCCUCUGGAGGCAAUUGUAUUCGCACAUACAGACCGGAGAUAAAGAAGGGAACGUACAACACCGUCAUUGUCAACGUGAAGACUGUUGUUGCUGACAAUCUGCUUUUUUACCUUGGAAGUGCCAAGUUUACUGACUUCCUGGCCAUAGAGAUGCGCAAAGGCAAGGUGAGCUUCCUGUGGGAUGUGGGAUCUGGUGUUGGACGGGUCGAGUAUCCAGAUCUGACCAUUGAUGAUGGGUUUUGGUACCGGAUUGAAGCCUCUAGGACUGGGAAAAAUGGCACGAUAUCGGUGCGCGCUCUGGAUGGUCCCAAAGCCAGCAUCGUGCCAGCCACCUUCACUGCUGUCUCUCCACCUGGGUAUAGCAUUCUGGAUGUAGAUGCCAACGCCGUGCUCUUUGUUGGUGGUUUAACUGAAAAAAUAAAGAAGUCGGAUGCUGUAAGAGUCACCACCUUCACGGGCUGCAUGGGUGAGACCUUCCUAGACAGCAAGCCCAUAGGACUGUGGAAUUUCAGGGACAUUGAAGGUGACUGCAAAGGGUGUGCUGUCAGUCCACAGGUGGCAGAUGGUGAAGGGACAGUCCAGUUUGAUGGUGAAAGCUACGCCAUGGUGAGCCGCCCCAUCCGCUGGAACCCCAACAUCUCCACAGUCAUGUUCAAAUUCAGGACCUUCUCAUCCAACGCCCUGCUGAUGUAUCUUGCUACUGAUGACCUGAAGGAUUUCAUGAGCGUAGAACUCAGUGGUGGGCGUAUAAAAGUCAGCUACGACCUGGGUUCGGGUACGGCUUCUGUUACCAGCACCCAGAAUCAUAACGAUGGCAAAUGGAAAUCUUUCACCCUGUCAAGAAUUCAAAAACAAGCCAACAUAUCAAUUGUAGACAUCGACACCAAUGAAGAGGAGACCAUGGCAACCACUUCUGCCGGCAGCCACUUCGGCCUCAACCUAAAAGGGCAUGAGAAAAUAUAUUUUGGGGGAUUGCCAACCCUGAGAAAUCUAAGUAUGAAAGCAAGGCCUGAAGUGAACUUGCAGAAAUACACAGGAUGCCUCAAAGAGAUUGAAAUUUCAAGGACGCCCUAUAAUAUAUUGAGCAGUCCUGAUUUUGUUGGUCUAACCAAAGGCUGCACUCUAGAGAACAUUUAUACCGUCAGCUUCCCCAAGCCAGGCUUUGUGGAACUGCAGCCGGUCUCCUUCGACGUGGGCACCGAGAUCAACCUCUCCUUCAGCACCAGGAACGAGUCUGGGAUCAUCCUCUUUGGCACAAGUGGCACAGUUGUCCCCCCCAGGAGAAAGCGGGGCUUCACUGGGAGGAAAGGGACCCCUCCCAGGAGAAAGCGGCGGCAGACGGGACAGGCCUACUAUGCAGUGUUCCUGAACAGAGGUCGACUAGAGGUGCACAUCUCCACCGGGAUACGGGAUCCCCACAGAAUCACCAUCAGACCAGAGGCUGGGGAGUUCCACGAUGGCAGAGCCCACUCCGUCCGCAUCGAGCGAGCCAGAGGGAUGUUCACUGUUCAAGUGGAUGAAGACCAAGUGCAGAGUCAGAGAUUGCCAACGGACCUGCCCAUCUCUGUUAAGAAACUCUUUGUGGGGGGCACUUCUUCUCAGUUUCAGACUGCACCUCUCAGAAACAUCCCACCCUUUGAGGGCUGUAUAUGGAACCUUGUCAUCAAUGCCACCCCCAUGGACUUCGCUCAACCCGUGUCCUUUGAAAAUGCAGAUAUUGGCCGAUGUCCCUCUCUAGAACCAGAGGUUAGGCCACCUGAGGAUGAAGAUAAACCAAUCCACACAGCAGUUCUGGUCCAGCCUGAACCAGACACUAAUGGGGAGAAAGAAAGACCAAGGACCCUUGCUUCCCCUCCUCCUCCAACACCACCUCUGUCUUCAGCACCUGACUCCUGUGCUGCUGACACAGAGCCAGCCCUUUUGGAAGGUGGCAAGCAAUUUGGUCUCUCAAGGAACAGCCACAUUGCAGUUGCAUUCGAUGACACCAAAGUGAAAAACAGACUUACCAUCGAGUUCGAGGUGCGCACGACGGCCGACUCUGGCCUGAUGUUUUACAUGGCGCGCAUCAACCACGCCGACUUCGCCACCGUCCAGCUGAAGAACGGGCUGCCCUACUUCAGCUACGACCUGGGCAGCGGGGACACCUACACCAUGAUUCCCAACAAAAUAAACGACGGCCAGUGGCACAAGAUAAAAGUCAUUCGGACCAAGCAAGAAGGAAGCCUUAUAGUAGAUGACGUUUCAAACAGAACUGUGAGCCCCAAGAAGGCAGAUAUACUGGAUGUUGUAGGGAUGCUCUACGUUGGGGGAUUGCCCAUUAACUACACAACCAGACGAAUUGGCCCGGUCACCUACAGCAUCGAUGGCUGCAUCAGAAGUUUCCAAAUGACAGAAUCACCUGUUGACCUGGACAAUCCAACUUCCAGCUUCAAUGUUGGGCGAUGCUUUGUCUCUGCACAGAAAGGAACAUACUUUGAUGGGACGGGCUUCGCCAAACCAGUGGGUGCCUACAAAGUGGGGACAGACCUGCUCGUGGAAUUUGAGUUCCGUACCACACGGAUGAACGGUGUCCUCCUUGGAGUCAGCAGCCAGAAAAUGGAUGGGCUGGGCAUCGAAUUAGUUGAUGGAAAAGUGAUGUUUCACGUGGACAAUGGUGCAGGUCGGUUCUCUGCUGUCUACGAGCCCGAUGCCCCCAGCAGCUUGUGCGACGGAGAGUGGCACCAGGUUGUGGCAAACAAGGUGAAGCACCACUUGGAGCUGACAGUGGAUGGCAGACGGGUGGAAGGAACCAGCCCCAGCAGGGCCUCCACCUCCGCAGACACCAACGACCCUCUCUUUGUUGGAGGAUACCCCGAUGGCGUGACCCAGUUUGGGCUGACAACUAAUAUCCGCUUCAAAGGAUGCAUCCGGUCUCUGAAGCUCACCAAGGGCACUGCUAAACCUCAAGAGAUCAACUUCAGCAGAGCUUUGGAGCUGAAGGGUGUUCAACCAGUGUCGUGCCCUGCAAACUGACCUGUUUAUAUAAAAAAUACUUCAGAUUAAGAAAGGAAAAAAAAAAAAAGUCUCUAUAUACAUUGCAUUCAUAAUAAAAUGUCUUUAUGCAAGUA